CAUUACAUCAGCCACCUCAUGUACUACUCCUCACUCUCAUCCCUGCAAAUCCACCUUCGCAUUAUCAAAUCUUUUCCUCAAAUUUUUCUUUAAUUUCUUCACUUUAAUAACUACCUUCUCUGUUGGUCCAAUCACUUUACAUUGCUUAGGGUUCUAUGCUUUUCGUUUUAACACGAAAAAUUCACUAGCGAUUUCUUCCAGUUUCUCUGUUUUUGACAAGGUUGAGUUCAUGGAUCCAACACAAAAGGAUGAUGCUUCGGGUAAUGAGACAACAGGGAAUCCAAAAUGUUGCUCUGAUUGCAAAACUACAAAGACACCCUUGUGGAGAUCUGGUCCUUGUGGACCUAAGUCACUUUGCAAUGCUUGUGGGAUCAAAUACAGGAAGAAAAAGAGAACCCCAAGCAAAGGUCCAGAGAAGAAAAAAGAAAAACUCACUUCUAACAGCAAUGAGGAUAAAAUUGGAAAUUCAAAAGAUGGGAAAAUAAGCAAAGUAUUGAGGGUGAAAUUGAUGAUGUUAGGAAAAGAAGUGGUGAUAUUACAAAGACAAAGAUCUUCAAUGAAGAAGCCAAGAAAUCAAAGGAAAAUUGAUGAAGUUGAAAGAGCUGCUUUUGUUUUGAUGGCUCUGUCUUGUGGCUCUGUUUUUGCCUAAACAAAGCACAAAUAGUCAGUACUAAACAAAACCCUAACCUCUUUUUUGCUUAUUAAAGUAGACAAAAAAAAAACCCUUGUUUUUAGCUUUUAGUAGAAGCUUUUUAGGGUUAUUAAAAAAAUAUUCUUAGUGUGCUAACAGCAAAAAAGAAGAAAGCCUUAUAGAGAAAUGGCUUGAUUUUGGAUGGAAGAAAGUGAAAGUGUAUAUAUGAUGGUGCUGAUGAUUGGAUGUGACUUUUUUUGGUUUUGCA